ACACAAAAAAUAACAACAAAAUCCUUUGUUACUUACUUUUACCAAAAUUAUAUUCAUACUUUUUUUUUAUCACAUAUCUUAGUUGUUAUAAACCAUAAAAUUCCUCCCCACGCUGUGGAGGUGACAGUAGAAAAAUUAACCCACCCAAGUAAGAUACUUAUCAGAGAUGUAAAUAACGUGGAGGAAAAAUUGAAAGCUAUCAAUGAAAAGCUUAUUGUAAUUGCUCAGAAGUAUAGAAAGACCGAAGAAAAUGUUAAUUAUAAUUCAAUUCCUCUCGGAUCGCUAGUAAUAACUAAUAGAGACACUCCAGAUGGAAUUGAUUUACCGGCAUGGUAUUCUCGAGCUCUAAUAAUCGGCUACGAUCACGACACUCUUAAGUACGCUGCGUUUUUAGUCGACUAUGGUGUUAAAUUUGACUUGUGUCGCCAGGCACUUAUCGUCAUUCCCAAAGACGCAAUCCCUAAUCACUAUUUAACAGAAAUGGUAAGUUUGUACAGAAUCAUCCCCGCGAUUAUAAAAUCCAACAACGAAGAUUUUGUAGAACUUCUAGCCAAAAAAACUUGGUGCCCUGAAACAAUCGAUUUAGCGAAGCAGUUGAUCUGCGCAUCUAAAAAAUGUUACUUUGAAGCCUUGGCCUCUGGAAACUCUGGAAAAAAAUACGGCGAGCUCUAUUUGAUCAUCGAAAAUCAAAUUAUUAUGCUGAGAAAAGCUCUAGUAAAAGCACACCGAGCAAUUCUUGUGAACAAUGAUCUGCUGGAGGUCAAAAGUAGCGACUCUUUUACUUCAGUCAAGUCUUUUAGCUCCCCGAUAGUUGAUUCAGACAAUAAGAGUGACUCAAAUAAUACUUCAGCUUCUAUUAAUUCAGUGGCUCAACGAGUCGGAUUUGAAGAAAUAUUAGUAAGUGGUAACGAGCAGUGCACUCGCUUACACGACAUAGCCAGUGCGAAAUUCACCCGACACGUCCAUCAAGCACUGAACAAAAUAUCCGUGAGAAAAGUGAGGAAUCUCCAGUCCUACAUGUGGCCUGCAAUCAGUAAGGGGCUGGAUGUGAUGGCCGUGGGUCCAGCGAGGAGCGGAAAAACUUUUGGAUUUAUCGCACCGAUUGCUAAUAUGAUAAUAAAGACACGACAGUACCAAGAAGAUGGCCAGCCUAUGGCUUUAAUUCUCUGUCCAUCUGCGAAAGAAGUCUUGUACACUAAAGAACACUUUCGGUUGCUUUUAUCCGAGUACAGCGACAUAAAAAUAAUCGGAGCUUUUAAUGGAUGUGAAUAUCGAUCUAUAACAGCUCAAAUUUACAAUGGAUGUCAUAUUUUCAUCGCGACUCCAGCCUUUUUGUUCCGUUAUCUCGAAGAUAAGGACAAUUGUGCGCCUGUCAAGUUUAACAGCAUAAAUCAUUUGGUAAUUGAUCACCUGGACGAUUUAUUGACCAAACAUUUGGACUCUUUGAUGCUGCUGCUGAAAAAAUAUACACCUUUUGAGAAGCAAAAGUCCCAAACUUCACGGCUGAUGGCUUUGCAAAUUAUUGCUGUCGCUAGGCAAUGGUCUAGAGUGUUGGGAACAUUCACACAAAAAUUUUUCAACAAUCCAUUUUAUUGCAUUGGUUCUUUUGCAGACGCUACGAUUUUUUGUGGGAUUCAAUUGAGGACCAGGUCUAUCUUGAAAGAAAAUAAGCUUGUUAAGACUGAGGAAUUGUUGGACAAACACUACAAGCUGGUUAAGACGAUGAUAGUUUGUGCAGAAGGCGAAGAAGCGCGUGAGCUGAAUGAUUAUCUGGUGAGUAAAGGCAUCCGCACGCUGUAUGUUUCUGAAGAGAUGGUCAGAGCCGAGAUUGGAGAUAUAAAGCAGUGUUGGGACAGAGAAAUAUCUGGAAACUAUGGAGUUUUAAUUUGUACUGACAAACCUUUGCCAACUCUGGAGAUAACUAAUGUAGAUUGGCUGAUUCAUUACUCUAUCGCGGUACCUACUAAGUCAAUUUUCCUGUUCCGGUUUUCAACUUUGAUGACUAAUUUACAGAAAAAGUCCACCAGCACUGAGGUCACUAUUUUUAUUGAUGAAAGUAAUGACAUUCAGCUUAGAGGUAUUCUCAAUUUAGUCGAGCGCUCGGGGUACAAAUUGUCUGCUGAGCAGAAGAACGCCUUCGAGCGAGUUUAUGUUAAUUUAGAGCGCCAGAAAAAAGCACACCCUAUUUGCGAUGGGAUAAAAGCGUUUGGAAGCUGUGAAAAGGGAAAUGCUUGCAUGUACAGGCAUUGUUUUGUUGCUGAAGCUGAUACUCCGAUCACGCCAGUGAAGAUUGGAGAUAAAAUUAAAAUAAAUAUUACUUAUCUUCAUGAUGCGACUCAUUUUUCGGCGAAGAUACAAGAGUAUAUUGAUAGCGAGGGGACGAAACACCUGAUUUCACCGGCCGCGCAUAUUGAAAUUGAGUCGAAGGUCUAUCAGUACUUUGCGGCGACUCGCAACAGACGCAAGUGUCGUACUGUUGAAAUUGGAGGGAUUUACGGGUAUGAUGAGAGGCUUGAUGAAUAUUGUAGAGCACAAGUUAUUAAUGUUGUUAAGAAAGUUGAUGAUGUACCUCAAAUUGUUGAUUUGAGAAAUAUUGACUCGGGAUUGGUUUAUACUAACCAAAAUGUAAGUCGGUUGAGAGAGUUACCCCAGGAACUGGCAGAAGCUCCAGCUCAUAUUGUUGAAGUGUUCCUAGCUAACGUAUCGCCUUUUGACAAAGAAGUCGAGUGGAAUGUCAGGGCUAAUCAAGCUAGCAAGAGCUGGUUUACUGAACAUUUGGAAGCUCCUUGUACUUCAUUGAGAGGAACAGUUGUUUUACAUUUCGGUAAUACGGUCUGGGUUGAUCCAUUGGAAGUACGAAUGCAAAUCAGCAUUGCUAAUAAAGAAUUGCAGAAAAGUUCUUUGAAGGACUUCUUGAUCAAGAAGAAAUUUGGUGUUGCGAAUUAUAAUCACAUUCAGAUACUCAAAAAAAUGUGCAAUUAUGCAGAUAUGUUAGAGUUAGAGUAG